AUGCGCACCACCAUCGCCACCCUCGCCCUCGCGGCCGCAGCCACUGCGCUGCCCAACCAGAACCGCUGCCGCGACACCACCUCCAAGGGCUUCACACUCACGGCCCACGUGACCAACCCGGACAUCGACAUCACCCCGUCGGCCGAGGGUCUCGUCGUCAGCUCGGCACACACCGGCGCCGGCCUGGCCGCCGCGGUCCUCAGCGACAGCACCCCCCGGCUCUUCUACCAGAACGGCUCGACCGCCAGCCACGAGAGCACCCUCCUGACCGACAGCGGCACCCCUCCCUUCCCCGUCAGCGUGCAAAUCCAGAAGCAGACCGACGCCCGCCGCAUCAUCGACAUUAGCGUCGGCCAGGGGUCGCCGGCGUACGUGGACGAGAAGGGCUUUGCGGUUAACGCGUUUGGCCCAGGCACCUUCCUUGCUUGCCACGAGGUUAUUCCGUACUACAACCAGACGUUUGUCACGCUGCAGUAUAUCUAUGGCGAGGUGCCGACCUCGGGUGACGACCAGGGCGAUUGUGCGGUUAUUGAGUUGCAUGCGAAGUGCGCUGAGUUGAAUGAGCUGCCGGAUGGGAGCCUUGCGAGCCACGAGUUUGCGCAGGAGGUCGCUUGCCAGGCUUAG